UGUAAUGUCACUUGUACAAAUAAUGGCCAAUUAAAAGGACACGUGAGAGUCCAUACAGGUGAGAAACCAUUUCGAUGUGAUUAUAUAAACUGUGAUAGAUCGUUUGCCAGAAAUGAAGAAUUAACUCGCCACAGAAGAAUACAUUCUGGUAUAAGACCACAUCAUUGCCAAACUUGUGGUAAAUACUUUGGUAGAAAAGAUCAUCUU